AUGCCGAUUUCCAGGGUCUUGGAGAAGGAGCAAAAUCAGACGCUGGUGGAACCCAUAAACAGCAGGGACGAGACUCGCGUGUCAUUCACCAAGUACCAACGCUACGAUGAUAUUCGGAAGUACUUGUCGCAGUUGGAAUCAAGCUACCCACGUACAGUGACUGUGCAGAGCAUCGGAAACACAUCCGAGGGACGCCCUAUAGAUAUCAUCCAGAUAUCCUCUGGAGGGGGCGGCACCAGGCCGGUCAUCCUGAUCGACGCGGGCAUCCACGCCAGGGAAUGGAUCGCGCCAGCUGCCGCCCUCUACGUCAUCAACCAGCUGGUCGAGAACGCAACGGCGAGUUCGCUUACAGCCAGCGUCGACUGGCACAUCAUCCCUGUGCUCAACCCUGAUGGCUACGAGUACUCUCUCACAAAGGACCGCAUGUGGAGGAAGACAAAAUCAAGACAAUCCAGUUCGUGCUUGGGAGUGGAUGCCAACAGGAACUUUGGUUUCCACUGGAAUGAGAUCGGCGCCAGCAACUACCCCUGCUCUGAGCUCUAUGCUGGCCCUCAUGCCUUCUCAGAGCCUGAGACGCAAGCUUUCCGAGACUGCGUCCUGAAGAACUCCAAACGCAUCAGGCUCUACCUAACGUUCCAUAGCUAUGGACCCCACAUACUCUAUCCGUGGGGAUACACUAGCAAAUUGCCUGACGACUGGAAAACCCUGGACGCCUUGGCAAGCAAAGCAAAUGAAGCCCAGAUGGCUGCUGGGGGUCCUAAGUACGGGGUCGGCAGCUCUACAAACGUCUUGUACGCUGCGGCCGGAGGCAGUGAUGACUGGAUCAAGAGUGUUGGCGGAGUAGCCCUCUCCUACACCAUCGAAUUUCCCGGUGGUGGUAGCAUGGGUUUCUUCCCUCCAGCAUCAGACAUCCUGAAAAUAGUGACGCAAUUCUUCGAAGCCGUGCGCGUCUAUGGGAAAUAUGUUGCUGAUAACUAUGGAUAA